AUGUUUCACUCCGCACCAUCACCAGGUCGCAGCGGCCCUUCUUCUUCGUCGUCCUACGGCUUCGCAACACCGGUUCGAACUCCCUCCACCUCCUACCACGCCUACUCUCAAGCCUUGACUCCCGCCGACGCCUCAGCAAAAGCUGUCCGAUUUCAAAACCAGCCUCUACCUCCACAGACACAGCAACAGACCCAAAGCUCAGCACUGAACUCCGCGGCUACGCCGAACAAGUCACCCUACCAAGCCGCGCUUUCGACGUCUACACAGCCGCAGCCGCCGCAACAACAGCAAUUGACGCAGCGGAACGCGGUGGCUUCCUCAGCUGCCGCUCCAGCAGCAGGCAGUGGGAACGGCAACAAGAUGACCGUAACUAGAUCAGUCGCGGCAGCGGGGGGCGCGGAGUCCACGAUCGCGUUGAAGAGGCGGAUCAAGUGGAACCUUUCAGCGUUGGGUCUUUUGUGGAUCGUACCGGCGGUGUCGACCCGACCUCGAGAUGCGUAUUGGUUGGUUCUGGAUCAGAUCUACAUGCACGUAGGAGGAGAUACGGAUGAGCUGGUAGAUGGCAUUGUCGGGUGGAUCAUGUGGGCGGUCAGCGUGGUCUUGCUAUUCAACGCUGUCGAAGCAGCCGUGCUCGUCCAACGAGCUUCUUCCUCAAGCUCACCCGCACCAGCACAAUCGACUCUUACCACCACCACCAGCGCCGCGCUUCCCGCCCAUGGAAAACAACCCCAGACACCGGUUCUCGGAAUGCACUCUCCCUCCAUCGCCAAGUCCAUCAACUUUGUCGCCGCCAGUCGAUUGAAGGGUUCCCCCAAAACCAGAACCAGCGACAUCGGCGCCGGCUCCCCCAUCUCUCGAUCCAGCCCCAAGGCAUCACCGAAACAAGACUCGCCCAAUACCACCGUCGAUUAUUCCCAAUUCUCCCCUGCGAACCGUCGUGCUUCGAGUCCGAUCUCUACCCCGAACAGCUUUGGAAGUGCGAGUCGGGCGGGCACUCCAACGAUGACAGAGUACGGUCGAGGAUUGGUGGGGAGUGGCAAUGUGUCUGGCUCGAGUCCGUUGGCUGCGUUUAGGGCGAGGCACGUUUCGAGAGGCUCGAGUUCUCCGGCUAGGGCUAGAUCGAUCACGCCUUCGGUCAGCGGUAGUGGGUUGUCGGAGCUCAGCUUCGAUGCCAGUGACAGCUUGGGAGGGGGAGCAGGAGGGCAGGAGGAGGAAGAGACGUUUUUGGGCGACGAGAGUUUCGAGGUCGAUCGCGCGUUGAAGAGUUUACGGGGGUCAUUGGGUGGCGUCAGUUCGACGCCUGCUCCCGGAUUUCGUUGA